CUGAGAGCCCGGAUCCGGUCCCGGACUUCAGGAUGCUGCUGCUGCUCGGCUUUGCUCGCCCGUGCCCGGCUCUGCUGCUGCUGCUGCUGCUGCUCGCCUCCAGCGCGCGGAUCUCCGAGAGCCGCAGAGGUAAACAGCCGCGCUGCCCGCAGGGAUGCACCUGCACCAAAGAUAACGCGCUGUGCGAAAACCUCAGAUCCGUCCCGCACAGCUUCCCUCCAGACGUCGUCUCCCUAUCAUUUGUGAAGUCUGGAUUCAGUCAAAUCACAUCGGGAAGCUUCUUACUCACGCCGUCCCUCCAGCUUCUCCUGUUUACAGCCAACUCUUUUGACUCUAUUGAUGAAGAUGCAUUCCAGGGUCUACCACAUCUGGAAUAUCUGUUCAUUGAAAACAACAAAAUCGAGUCAAUCUCACCUCAGGCCUUUAGAGGUUUGAAAUCUCUCCUACACCUGAGCCUCGCCUAUAAUAAUCUAGAGACAUUACCCAAAGAUGUUUUUAUGGGGAUGGAUGCCUUAACAAAAGUGGAUCUUCGAGGAAACAUGUUUAACUGUGACUGUAAGCUGAAAUGGCUGGUGGAAUGGAUGUUUAACACGAAUGCAACAGUGGACCAGAUGUACUGCAGUGGGCCUCCAGUUUACCAGGGGAAGAAGAUCAAUGAUCUGAUGCCUCAGUCAUUUGACUGUAUAUCCACAGAGUUUGCCUCCAUGAAGUCACUCAAGUUUGAAUCCAUUUCUGUGGAGGCCUUCACCUUUGGAAAUGAUCAGUACGCAGUGUUUGCUCAGCCCUUUGCUGGAACAUGCAGCUUCAUGGAAUGGGACCAUGUUAAUCUGGAGUUCAGAGCUUACGACACCAUAGAGAGCACGUCCACAGUGGUCUGCAAACCAAUGGUAAUCGACAACCAGCUCUUUAUCGUCGUUGCCCAGCUUUUCGGAGGUUCACACAUCUACAAGCGAGACGUCUCAGCCAACAAAUUCAUCAAGAUCCAGGACAUUGACAUCCUGAAGAUUCGGAAGCCGAACGACAUUGAGGUGUUCCGGGUGGAUGGCAAGUCGUUCUUCGUGAUUGCAGACAGCUCCAAGGCAGGGUCCACCACUUUAUACAAGUGGAACGGGAACGGCUUCUACUCCCAUCAGUCUCUGCACCCCUGGUACCGUGACACAGACGUAGAGUACCUCGAUAUUGAAGGCAAGCCUCAUCUGAUUCUCUCCAGCAGCUCACAGCGUCCCGUCGUCUACCAGUGGAGUAAGGCCCAGAAGCAGUUUGACAGACGGACGGAUAUUCCAGAGAUGGAGGACGUCUACGCUGUCAAACACUUUAAGGCCAAAAACGAGCUCUACAUCUGCCUGACCCGCUUCAUUGGUGACUCCAAGGUGAUGCGAUGGAAUGGCGGCAUCUUCACUGAAGUCCAAGCCAUGCCUUCUCGAGGCUCUAUGGUCUUUCAGCCUAUCACCAUUGGCAACUGGCAGUACGCCAUCCUGGGCAGUGAUUACUCUCUCACCCAGGUGUACCAGUGGGACCCCAAGAAGAACCACUUUGUACACUUCCAGGAGAUGAACAUUCAGGCACCCAGAUCUUUCUCUUUGGUGUCCAUUGACAACCGAGAGUUCCUGCUGGCCUCCAGCUUCAAAGGGAAGACUCAAAUUUAUGAGCAUUUAAUGAUCGAUCUAAGUAAUUAAAGUUUGGUACGUGAAGAACGGGCAACAUGUUUUUGAUGGCGCUAGGCAACUUAAACCGUUACUUUUCCCACAGUCCCUUUUUGGACUUGAUUUAACUUAGAUAGAUAUUUAUCAGGAUUUCUUUUUAAACUACUUUCUUCUUCAGUUUCCCCAAACAUGGAGCAAGUUUGUGGACACCCCUUCUAAUGAAUGCAUUUAGGUUCUUUAAGUUGCACCCAUUGCUGUUACUUUUGUAAGCAAUUGGCAGCAUGCUUACAAAUAACCCCCCAAACUCCAUUAUUGAGCUGUGCAGCAGUGAAAAGAACUGUGUUCUCUGGAAUGAUGGUUCUCCAUCCAUUACUUUUGGGAUCUGAGGUGGGUUUAUGAUCAUUUUCAUUUAGAAUAUUUAGUAGACGCUUUGAUAAUUAUUUUGAAAUUAUUUGUAUCUAGUUUGUAGGGACUAGAAUCAGAAAGUUACACCAAGCUUUGAUAAUGUUGAGACACCAAGGAGAACAGUGUUAGUUUAGGAACUCUUUAAAAAGAUGAAAAAGAUGAGUCUUCAGUCUGCGUUUAAAGACAGUGAGGGAUUGUGGGUCGAGCUGAGCUAUACUAGAAGUUGGAAGAGCUGUUGGUGCAGAUGUUGUUUUGACCAUUGCCAUCAAACUGGCUUUGUAGGCCAGCAUCAGGUCUAACAUCCUGUCCUCACUAAUGAUUGUGCCACUAAAUGCAAUCAGAUUCUUACAGCAAUGUUACAAAUCUAGAACAAAAAAAGCCUUCCCUGGACAGUAGAGAAAGUUACUCCAGCAGAGGAGUACAGUGAUUGAUUCGGUGUCCCAAUACUUUUGUCACAGUACAGUACAUUAUGAUGUAUAUAACUGCAAUACCAUGCAGUUGAUACACUUACAGAAUGCCUUACAUUUACAUUUUGCAAGAAAGUAUGUGUGUGGGGCCUUCUGCGUUGAAUAUGAAGAUGGUUUCUGCCACAAUCGCUUGUGAUCAUCCAACAUCCUGACAUAUUGGAUCCUCUAAUGCUCUUGCAGUUGAAUGCAAACAAAUCCUCACAACAGAAGACAGUAGAGACAGUUACUCUGGCAAAAGCAGGAUGAUCUCUUUUUUUUAAUGCCCUUGAUUUCAGGAGAAAUUGUGAAUUAGCAGGUGUCGCAAUAUUUUUGUCCAAAUAGUGUAGAUACUUACUGUAGCCUACAUCAUGAUGAUUUAUGGACAUGAUGCUCGUUUUAUAGUGUAAUGCUAUAGAUUAUAGAUUAUAGAUUUUCAGAAUUUAGAUUAAGAGUGAUAAAUAUUGUAAUUACAACAUGCCUAAAAAUACACUGUAUAUAAAUCUCAACAAUUAUCUGGAGCAAUCAUUUGCAUAUUGCAGUCUUCUGCAAUAUCAAUACUGCAGAAGCCAGUAUCGCAAUAACUAUGAAUAUAUAUACAGCACCAGUCAAAGGUUUGGACAUACCUUGUUUAUUUUAAAAUGUUCUGCAUUGUAGAUUAAUACUAAAGUCACCAAAACUAUGAAGAAACACAUAUAAAAUUAUUUAGUAAUCAAUAAAGUGGUAUACAAAGCAGAAUAUGUUUUAUAUUUUAGAUUUUACAAAGUCACAGUAGCUCUCUUGAUUAGAUAAACAGUUUUGCACAUCUUGGCUGGAUUUUCUCAGUCAGCUUUAUGAGGUAGAGUCACCUGGAAUUCAGGCUUUCAGUUAACAGCUGUGCUGAACUCGUCAAGAUUUAAUUACUUGAAUUUCUUACCUCUUAAUGUGUUUGAGAGCAUCACUUAUAAGGUUGUGAAGAAGUAGAGUUGGUAUACAGUGAAUAGCUCUAUUUGAGUAAUAUUCUAAUCACUAAUCAAACUUUAAGAAUUGAAGGCAGUCAAUCUGAAAAAAAAAAGAAAAACAAGAAAGUUGAAAGUAUCCUCAAGUGCAGUUGCAAAGACCAUCAAAAACAUUAUGGUGAAACUGGCACUCAUCAGGACCGCCCCAGGAGAGGACAAGCAGGAGUUAUCUCUGUUGCACAGGAUAAGUUCUGAUGAACUUAUACGCGUUACCAGCUUCAGAAACCAGAAACCCAAAAAAGUUAACAGAAACCCAGAUAAGAGCACCUAAAUACUUCACAGAGUAUUUUGGUUUGUUUGACACUUUUAAGUUACUACAUGAUUCCUUAUGUGUUCCUUCAUAGUUUUUAUCACUUCAGUAUUAAUUUACUGUAUAUAAAGAUGAUAUGCUCCACAGCUCUAUUUGCUAUAUCAAGACAUUUAAAGUGUAUUUAAUAUUUUCCCAGAACCUGUUUGCUACUGAGGUCAAGUACAGUUUAUUUUUGUUACAUGUACUGUGAUACGGGUUAACCCAGUAAGCCAGCAAGUGAAGUAUCUCUAUUUCCAUGUAAAGAAAUAGGGAGGGCUGUAAAUCCACACCAAGAAAACAAAUGUGUCAGACGGAUCUUUGGCCAGUGUUAACAAAAGCAGUUUCCCCAUGCAAGCUUAUGACCUAGCUGACCCAUAUAUCCCCGUUUCGUUGUUCACAUCAACACGUACUCCUGAAGUGUGUGUGUGAACUGAAUAAACAGAGGAACAGAGGAGUUAUUGAAGCUGUCAGUCAGAACUACAUGCAUUACCUUGUCUGCAUAUGAUGCUUCCAGAUGACUGCCUCUCUAGAAACAUCCUUUGUGUCCAUCUCUGUUGUCACCAUGCGUUUAGCACUUUUCCUCUUUUUACACCCUCCCUCUAAACAAAAGCCAUUGUUCACGCGUUCUCACACAGGCUAGUGGAGUGUUGACAGAAGAGGUAUAAUAAAGAAGCGAAAAAAACACAGCUUGAGUGAUUAACUGUGAUUAACUACUUAGUAACAGGUUGCCAAAUAAAAUGUUUACAUUUUUACUCUAAUCCUAAGAAAAUAGGCCUCUAACUUUUAUACAUAAAGGGAUCAUCCUCUUGGCAAGGUUUCUCACACUGGGCUAGAUUUAUCCUAGAUUUAAAGGAAAAUGGGAGUUUGGGUUUUGUAUAGCAUUUUAGUAGGUAAAUUCUAAUGCAAUAAAUGUAGAAUAAUAGUAUAUUGUGUUUGUAAUUUUAGAAAUACAGUUUAAGUUGUUUAAUUGUUACUUGUUGUUUGUCGUAGAUGUGCUAAUAAACCAAUUUCACACCCUUGUAGGCUA